CCUAUGCCUAUGUUCCAGGCAUCCACAGCUUCCCUGCUUGGCCAUACAGCUAAGGGCUUGGCUGUGGAAACAUGUCUCCAGUCUCACCUGUUUUCUUCUGUAUUGGGCUGUGUGUACUGAAAGCGAGCCAAGCACAGAGUGACCCAUUCCCCAAGCCUUCACUCCUGGCUCAGCCCAGUUCCCUGGUGCCCCUGGGGCAGUCAGUCACUCUGCGGUGCCACGGGCCUCCAAAUGUGGAUUUAUAUCGCCUGGAGAAUCUGGAAUCUGGGAACUAUAAAGAUGAAAAUAUUCUCUCUAUUGCAACCAUGAAAGCAGAUAAUGCUGGACGCUACCGCUGUUCCUAUCAGAACGGGAGUCUCUGGUCUCCCCCAAGUGACCAGCUUGAGUUAGUCGCCACAGGUGUUUAUACUAGGCCCUCGCUUUUGGCUCACCCCAGUUCAGCAGUCCUUCCAGGCAGGGACGUGACCCUGCAGUGUCGAACCCAGUAUAGUUUUGAUGGAUUUGUUCUAUACAAAGAGGGGGAUACUGGGCCUUAUAAGAGACCAGAGAAAUGGUACCGGGCUGAUUUCCCCAUCAUCACAGUGACUGCUGCUCACAGUGGGACUUACCGGUGUUACAGCUAUUCCAGCGCGUCUCCAUACCUGUGGUCAGCCCCCAGUGAGCCGCUAGUGCUUGUGGUUACAGAACCCUCUGCCACUCCCAGUCAGGUACCCACAGAGGUGCCAUCUCCCGCAACAGAACCCUCUGCCACUCCCAGCCAGGUACCCAUAGAGGUGCCAUCUCCCACAACAGGUUUUGCCCACCAGCACUACUAUGCCAAGGGGAAUCUAGUCCGGAUAUGUCUUGGUGCCAUGGUUAUAAUUUUACUGGUGGGGAUUCUGGUAGAGGAUUGGCACAGUCGGAAGAAGUGCCUGACACACAGGAUCAGAGCUAUGCAAAGGCCACUACCACCCCUCCCACUGGUCUAGAAAUAACAUGGCUUUAAGGAUAAGUGUUGACCAGAUUUUCAAAACCAUGGACAUCCCCAUUAGAGCCCCAGACAUGGACAUGUUCAAGAAUGAGGAGGUUAUAUAAAGAAUGAGUGUGGACAAUAAAUAUGUGGGCAGAGCCAACAAGGUAGGAUGGAGUCCUGUGAGCCUUCUUGGUGCUCAGUCAAGCAGUUGAUCCAAUGUCUACUUUGCUCUAAGAACUCCACAUGGAAUGGAAAAAUCUAGGGAAAGUCUAUCUGAUAUCUUGCACAUUGUAGAUAUCAUGAUCGACCUGUGUAAUGGCCUUUCUUCAACCUUCUCCAACAUGGAUUCAAGAUUGACUUAUAAAAUACCUGAAUUUCACAGCUGGCCUGUUCUAUCAUUUGUACACAGUCUUGUGCUUUCUCAUAGUCUGUAUCCCUCUAUGAUAAUCCAUAGUUUUAGCUUUUAUCUAAACCCCAUCUUAAGUCACAGAUGGACAAGUCUUUCACUUCUCAAAAUGGAAUCUUGUUCUCCAGAAGAUGUGGGUAGGGUAUUACUUUUCAUUAUUAUGUAAUAAUUUAUAUGAUCAGCAUAGUCUUUUUCUUUUGUUUGCAGUAGAUAUAUUUCAAGACUCUAAAUGGAUGCUUAAAACUGUGGAAGGUAUAAAAUCCUGUA